CGGAAGCGGAAAUAAUGUGGGAUUUUUUUAAAGAAAAAAAAACAUUAAGACAUUUAGCUAGCUAGUUAGCAAGAGUACAUAUAACAACUGGAAACGUUUAGUGUCAACGGUAGAUCCGAAAACCAAAAUCCUGAGGAGGGCUGAGUUAAGCCAGUAGGCAGAAGGGUAAAUUGGCGCGGCCUUUUAUGUUAAGGACCAUCGGGUCACAGACCGGAGGAGAGAGACGUGGGGAGACCAAGCCACGGGAUUUGAACUUGUGAUUGAUUUCAAUAAAAAGCGUUUGGCAGCACCUGCCAGUAAGGAGUGAACCGCUAGAAAUCGCGGAAAUCCUUUGCUUGUACCCUGAACUGUACAUAAAGAAGUACCGGAUCCUGCACUAUGGAAGCCAUUGCCAAAUACGACUUUAAAGCCACUGCAGACGACGAAUUAAGUUUCAAACGUGGAGAAGUCCUUAAGGUUCUCAAUGAGGAGUGCGACCAGAACUGGUACAAGGCCGAGCUCAACGGCAAAGACGGCUUCAUACCCAAGAACUACAUUGAAAUGAAAGCACAUCCGUGGUUUUUCGGGAAGAUCCCGCGGGCCAAAGCAGAGGAGAUACUGAACAAACAGAGGCACGAUGGGGCUUUCCUCAUCCGCGAGAGCGAGAGCGCCCCCGGCGACUUCAGCCUGUCUGUCAAGUUUGGGAAUGACGUCCAGCACUUCAAGGUCCUGCGGGAUGGAGCUGGAAAGUACUUCCUGUGGGUAGUCAAGUUCAACUCUCUCAACGAGCUGGUGGACUAUCACCGGUCCACGUCUGUGUCACGGAACCAGCAGAUCUUCCUGCGGGACAUCGAGCAGGUUCCUCAGAAUCCAACGUAUGUGCAGGCGCUGUUUGACUUCGACCCUCAGGAGGAUGGCGAGCUGGGCUUCCGGCGUGGAGAUUUCAUCCAGGUUUUGGACAACUCCGACCCCAACUGGUGGAAGGGGGCGUGCCACAGCCUCACUGGCAUGUUCCCCCGCAACUACGUCACCCCUGUCAACCGGAACAUGUAAAAGAAAUAAAGCCCGCUCCCCAACCCCAGCCUCUCCCACCCUCCCUUUCCAAGUGCCCCGCUCCCCAGUUCCUGCCCACAAUCCCUCCCUCACUCUCACCCCAUCCCACCCCCUCUUCUGAAGAGACCCAACACAACGGUAGAGCCUGGAACUGAGAACAGAAAGGAAACAAAGAACGAGUGAGAAUGGGUCCUGUGUGACCCGGCUGUGCCGUUUGAGAGAAGCUGCCUGAGAAUGUUUGCCAGCCCGGCAAACACCGCGCUCACCGGUGAACUGUCGAUAACAAUAAAACAUUUAAAUGAUAUUAAAAAAGAAUGCAUAAAUGGAGACAGAGAAACUCGCAUAGUGCACCGAAAUCGUAACUUAAAAUGGUUUCUCUUAAUUUAUCUCUAAACCGCUUCUGCUUUUCCUCCCCCAUUUUGUUCCUUUUUUUUUUCUUUCGCGCAUGUUUUAAUCACCUUCAGGAAAUUCCAGUAAAUUCUAACGCUGUGUUAAAAGAUUAAAAUGCAAUUAAGAUACAGUUUUGAAUGACAGCUGAAUUGUGCCGUGUAGAGCAAGGGGGUGUGGGGAUUUAACAUUGGCCUUCUGCUCUGUAAAGAAAAUACAUAGAGAGAUUCCUUUUUUUUUUUUAAGAAUAUAUAAAUAUAUAUAUAUUUGUAUGUGUAUGUCUUUCACCCGCCCCCCCCGUCUCCCCUGAAUAUGUAAAUUAUGUUCACCCACGAUAGUCUGGAAAAGACCUCUUAGGCCUUGAAUAUGACUAAUUGUCGGUGUGAUUGUUCUGGAUUAUCUGACAGCCUUCAGAUACCGUGGAGUAAUUAAUGAUCGGCCUGAUCUGUUCCAUCUUGGGACCCCUCCGCCCCAGUGCACCCAGAGCCAUCAGCCCAGUUUAUCCAGUGUAUUGAUGGCAGCCGGAGCCGCAGACCGACCAGCCGAACGCCGUUACGGGCGCCGAUGUUCGUGAUGCUGUCGUGCUACCCGGCCCUUCUGGAAGCUUCUGCGCUCCCUCUGAGACACGGCGCCACGCACCCCACCCGCCUCCGGAUAGUGCCUUUCCCACUUCUGCCAUUUCGGCGCCGUCGCCCCUCUCCGGUAUCGGGUCGGUCAGGAGUCCCAGCGGUGCGGAACACUGUGCGUAAGCAUCCUGCCCUGUGCCCCCCCCCCCCCAAAAGCCCCCCCUUUCCCC